CAGAGGAAAGCAGUCUCUCUCUCUCGCUCUCUUUCUGUCUGUCCGACUUGCCGGCUGCUUCUUCUUCCUCCUGUCUUUUUGGGUUUUCUGGCUGCCGGCGACUGGCUGGAGGAGUUUCAGCUUGUUUUUCGCCUGCCUUUCGGAUUUGAACAUGGACUCAGGCUGAACAGCUACGCGCACUGAGCUGUGAGAAGAGUCACUGGAGAUUCCCCGUAAGCAGCUUGAUCUGAUCUGAUGUCUACAAGGAGUGACAGCGGCUCUGUCUUUCUGAAGAAAUCUGUGGCAUGAAACCAGAUCACACAGGUCUCUCGUACACCUUCAUCUCCCUUUACCACUCUCCAGUUAGAAACACACUCCUCAGCUUCACUGCAUUGAUGAGGUAACGUCAGGCUCCGUGCAAGAACCCACCUGCAGCGACUCCUCCUUCCCCUCUUCCUUCCUCUUCCUUCUGUCAGUCAUUGCACCGCAGCCAUGGGCCAAAAGAUCUCUGGCAGCAUUAAAUCAGUAGAUGGUCGCGGGGAAAGCGGUGGCUCCCCAUCCUAUCGACCCCUGACUCAUCGCCGGCAGCACCCUGAGCUAAGGGGCCCGGAUUUCUUCAAACCUCCCAGGCUGGAUCUCCUACUGGACAUGCCGUGCGCUGGACUGGAGACUCAACUCCGUCACGCGUGGAACGCCGAUGACCGGUCGCUUAACAUCUUCAUCAAAGAGGACGAUAAGUUAACGUUUCAUCGCCACCCUGUCGCUCAGAGCACGGACUGCAUCCGGGGGCGGGUCGGAUACACGAGGGGACUCCAUGUAUGGAAGAUCAACUGGCCCGUCCGGCAGCGAGGCACCCACGCUGUGGUCGGAGUGGCAACCUCCGAAGCUCCUUUACAUUCUGUUGGCUACACAGCGUUAGUGGGGUCAGACUGCGAGUCCUGGGGCUGGGAUCUGGGA